AUGAGGUCAACCAUCCUUUUAGCAGCGGUGUUCCCGCUCAUUCAGGCAAUCGAGCCUCCGCGUGUGCCACAUCAGCCUCUCGGUAAUGGCACGAAUCGCUUGUCUUUCAACAUCACGACGCUAAACCCCGGACCUCUGACAGCUCAGACCAGAUCUCUCGCAUGGAUCAGCACCGGCGAAGAUGGCGACUAUAUCUAUACCGGCGAUGAUGGCUCCUUUAUCUUCGAGAACAUUGCUACUGGAGAAUCGACGACCUUCCUCUCCGCAGAUAAAGUCCCCGCCGACUACUGGGACUACUCAAUUUCGCCCGAUGCAAGUCAUGUGCUUUGGUCUGUCAACUAUACUAAGCAAUAUCGUCAUUCCUACUUUGCCGACUACUUGGUCCAAGAUGUGGAAUCCGGAGAGGUGCAGUCGCUUGUUCCUGGCUCCAGUGGAGACAUUCAAUAUGCGGAGUUCAAUCCCGCGUCUUCUUCCCAAAUCGCGUUUGUUCAAGGAAACGACCUCUAUAUCUGGGAAAACGGUACAAUUUCCCGUAUUACUGAGGAUGGCGGCCCGGAUUGGUUCAAUGCUGUGCCUGACUGGGUAUACGAGGAGGAAGUCUUUGGCGAUCGCUACUCUCUUUGGUGGUCACCAGAUGGGAAGUACAUCGCUUUCUUGACGUUCAAUGAAACAGGUGUGGAAACGUUCCGCGUCCCAUAUUACAUGGAUAGUGAAGCAGUUGCGCCGUCGUAUCCUCGCGAAUUGGAGCUGCGAUAUCCCAAAGUUGGUGCCAAAAACCCGACUGUAGGCUUCAAUGUUCUCGAUGUAGCGGCACUCAAAGUAACGAACGUGGCUAUCGACGUAUGGCCGGAAGACGAUCUAGUGCUCGGAGAAGUAGCUUGGUUAACGGAAGAUCACGGCAAGGUGCUAUACCGUGCCUAUAACCGAGUGCAAGACCAGGAAAAGCUAGUGGUCGUUGAUGUGCCUUCGUACUCGUCAAAACUGGUUCGUGAACGCGAUGGAUCCGACGGUUGGCUGGAGAACUACCUAGCAAUUUCCUACGUUGGUCCGCUCUCUAGCUCCAACGCAACGUACGGGAACACCUCAGCGGAGUACUAUAUCGACUUGUCCGAUGAGACGAAUUGGAACCAUCUGUAUCUGUUCCCUAUCGGCGGUGGUGAGAAGAUUGCGCUCACUUCCGGAGAUUGGGAAGUACGCAGCAUUCUCAAAAUCGAUUCGAAGCGCAAUGUGAUCUACUUUACGUCGACUGAGCACCACAGCACCGAAAGUCAUCUCUACUCGGUCAAUUACGUAACGGGGAAGAAGACAGCGCUGGUUGAUGACACGGAAGUCGCAUUCUGGACAGCCUCUUUCUCUUCCGGCGGCUCAUAUUAUGUACUCCGAUACUCUGGUCCAGACGUGCCCUACCAGGAGCUGUAUUCGUUGAACUCAACUAAACCUCUUCGCACUAUUGUCGACAAUAAGGAGCUUUACGCCACUCUACAGUCGUAUGCGCUGCCCAAUAUCACUUAUCUGGAGCUUCCGCACCCCUCUGGAGUCACGCUGAACGCGAUGCUACGUUUGCCCCCCAACUUCGACCCUAGCAAGAAGUACCCUGCGCUUCUCAUUCCCUAUGGUGGCCCAAAUGCGCAGGAAGUUCACAAGGAUUUUAUCGCGCUCAACUGGAAAGCGUAUGUGGCCUCUGACCCCGAGCUGGAGUACAUCACAUUCACAGUCGACAACCGCGGAACUGGGUACAAGGGACGUGAAUUUCGCGCUUCCGUGACCUCCAACCUAGGUGAUCUGGAAGCGCAGGACCAGGUAUGGGCUGCGAAGUGGUUGUCAGAGAACUACGACUUUGUCGACAGCGACCACAUUGGUAUCUGGGGAUGGUCGUAUGGUGGAUACCUUUCUUCCAAGGUCGUCGAAGUCGGCGAUCCUAUCAUUUCGUUUGCCAUGAUCACAGCACCAGUCUCAGACUGGCGCUUCUAUGAUUCCAUCUACACAGAGCGCUACAUGAAAACACCAGCCCUCAAUGCCGAGGGCUACAAUAAGUCACGCGUACACGACUCUACUGGCUUCAAGAAAAUCGCUGGUGGUUUCCUCAUCCAGCAUGGUACCGGUGAUGAUAACGUGCACUUCCAGAACUCUGCAGCACUGACGGAUCUCUUGAUGGGUGACCAAGUCACACCUGAAAAGAUGCAAAACACGUGGUUCACGGAUAGCGACCACAGCAUCAACUAUCAUAACAAUGGGAAGUUCUUGUACAGACAGCUGAGCAAGAAGGUAUUUGAGGAGAAGAAGAGGGUGGGCAACUUGAAGAGCGAGCACCAGUGGAGCAAGAGAAGUUGGGGAAUGGAGGCUAGGGUACAGGUCUAA